AUGAGCGCUCGUGUACAAUCAAGUUAUAUGAGUACAAAACCUUCAAAGUUAGGAGCAGUUGCGGAGUCGGUAAAUUUUUCUUUAAGCAACAACAAUAAUAACAUUAUACCCGGCAACUUUAAAUCUUGGCUGCAUGGAUUUGAUACAUAAAGAGGAUUUUAUCAAACUAAGAAUGCACUUCGAGAUAAUAGUGGGAGUGCUGAUAAGAAUGGCCAUGCUAUUGGAACAGCUGUUGGAGGAAGCAGAGUAAAGAAAAAUAAAUUACUUUCUAUGGAGCAAAGAGACCAAAUAAAUAUUUAAAUGAAUCCUAAAACUGCAAUUGGUGGAAAUAGAGCAUUUAUGAAUAGAAGUAUAGGAAGUAUAAAUCCCGUAAACGAGGCUUAAACUAAUUUAAAAGGACUUAAACUUAAUCAAAGCAGUAAUAUGUCAGGGUUUGACUCUCGGAUAUUGCCAUCAGUUUAAGGAUCAUAAGAAAAAGAUAAGCUGCUCUAUGCGAAAAACAGAUAAAUUGUGAAUGAAUCUAUUUAAAAGCUUAAAAGUUCAACUAACAAAAGAAGAGCGAUAUCCUUACUUAACGGUAGUCAAUAAAAUCAAAUGAAAGAUGGAUAGGAAUAGCCAAAUGAGAGGCCUAAAAUUGUUGAGAGCCCAAACUCAUGGCUGAAAGAGUAAUAAAAGAAAAACUUAGAUUCAUUGGCUAUGAUUGAAAAAUUCCCAAAAAUGAGUAUAGAUCAUCGAAUAGUAGAACAAUGGCUCAACGAUACAUUAAGUGAUGCAGAACAUUUCAAACUACCUGGAGUGAUAAGUAAGAUUGAUCACUAGAAUCCCAUUUCAAGAUAUGGAAUUGAUAGAAUGACUUUAACAAAUGCAGGGAUUCCUAAUGAAGAUGUUAACCAUCUUUAUCGUGCUAUGUUUGUUUACAGUGUUGGAUUUUUCAGUUUAAUUAGAGAUACUGUUGAUAAAAGUAAAGAGGUUUACUUACAGUUCAAUGAUGGAGCAAGACAUGUUACAAAGUUUAGUAUUGAAGAUUUUAAGGUAGAACGAGAAGAAAGAGAAAAUGAGAUUAAUGAAAUGCUCAAGGAAUAUAGAUUAAGUGAAAACCAAAUGGAAACCUAGAUUUAGAUUCUAAAAGAGAAAUUAGAUUAGGCAGAAGUUGAAAGAGCCAAAGAAUAGUAGACUAGAGUCAGAAUGGAGGAAGAACUGCUUAAAAACUAGAAAACUCAUGAAGAGGAGGUUAAUCUUAGACUGAAGUUUGAAGAAAAAUUGAAUAAUCUUCAUGCAUUGAAUAGAAUAACAAAUUAAAACCUUCUGAAUACGCAAAAUGAGUUUUCUCAUGUGAAUAAAAUUUAUACAGAGUUGCAAAUACACUGCAAAUAAAUUACAGUAGAACUUGCUUAGGAAAAAAUAAAGGCAGGAAGUUUUGAGCAAAAGUAUAUCUACAGCUAAGAUAAAAACAACUUGUUAACUGUUGAAUUAGCUGAUAAAUAGAAACAUGCUGAAAAAAUGCUGACUGAAUUAAGUGGAUUUAUAGAUAAAUAUGAACUUUAUAACUAUAAGUUUCAAAGCUCAGAGAAGGAACUUGCUAAUGAAAAACUAAGAGUUGAUAGAUUAGAAGUUGAAAACAAACAUCUCAAUAAUAAUUAUGAGCAUUUUAAAAAUUGCUUUGAAGAAAGCCAGCAAAAGAAUAGGCUAUUGACUUAAAAGAUAAAUGAACUAAAUACAGAAUUUUAGAAAAGCUUUAAUGAAUUGACAGUUUAUAGAUAGGAGCAUACUGGUUAUCAAACUCAUACUAAUCAAAAAGGUGAGAUAAUUGAAGAAUUAAAAAACCUGAUAAAGGAAGGUGAAUUAAAAUUUAAGCACUUAGAAGAAUUAUAUUCAGAGCUAAAAGCUAGGUAUAACAUAGCAGAUCAUGAGCUCUAAAUAUUGAGAGUUGAUUAUGAACUUGCAACUUCUAAAGUUGAAUAGAUAAAUAAAGCAAGAAAUGAUGCCGAAAACAAAUUAAGGGAAAAGACCUAGAAGCUUAGGCUAGCUGAGUAAAAAAUGCAUGAUAGAGAUGAAUAAAUAAUGAGAAAUCAUAGAAAGAUUCAUGAAUUAGACGAGAAAUUAGUUGAGUUAGAGAAGCAAUACAAUUAAUUAGAAAAGGAAAAGUCUAAUAACAGAGUAGAAUUUGAGUAAAUAAAGAGAUAGCAGCUUGAUAAGAUUCACUCUUUGGAAGAACUAAUAAAAAAUGAAAAAGAAUUACGAUAGAAUUGGUGUGAGAGGUAUGACAAAGAAAGCAAAGCUUUAAGUUAAUAAAAUCUUGAUGUUAUAGAUAUGAAGACUAGAGUAAGUGAAACUGAAAGUAGAGUCAGACACUUAAAAGUUGAACUUGAUAAUGAAAAAAAAUUAUCUGAAUCGCUUAUUAACAGUAAAAAAGAACUUAUGGAAACUUUAAAUCACUAUAUCGUGAACUGCGAGAUGUAAGAAAAAGAUCUGUUCGCAAUGAAAGAGGUAAGCAAGCAUUUUGAGCAAAUAAAAGAAAAAGAACAUAAGGAGUUAAAGCAGGAAAUCAUUGGAUUAAAAUUAAUUAUACUCAAUAGAGACAUGAAUGUCGAAGAAUACUAUACGAAAUUAGGGUAUCAUUUUGAAACUAUCAUGAAGUAAAAGUCUAUGAUCCUUAGGCAGCAUGUUGAAAUAGGAAUGCUAAAAAGAUUUGUUGAUGAAUUUAGGGACACUUUGAAGGAGAGAAAUGAGGAUAUCUCAAUUUUCAAAGCUAAAGUGAAGAAAUUAGAAGAUGAAGCUUCCACUGCCAAAAAUAAUUACAAAAUUAUGAAAGCAAAGAUAGAGCAAAAAGAAGAUGAACUCUACUAGUAGACAAAAGAAAUGAGAGAUCUUUAAGAAAAGAUGUAACGAGUCAAACAAAAGAAAAGAGAUUGGAAGACAGUAAGUGAGUAGCAUAAAGCAGAAAUCACAGCAAUGAGAAUCGCGAAAGCUUUACUUUAAAAUAAAGAUGUCUAAACUCUACCACUUCAAAAUGUUGAUUAAGAUAUUUAAUGCAACAUUAUGUACUCAGCAAAUGCUUCUCUAGCCAAUAUUAAUUCAUCUGGAAUUAGUAAUAUGUAGCCUUUUAAAUAGCAACCUAUAAAUUUUUAAGAAAAGUAUGAAAACGAAAAAAAAGAAAAAGAAAAAAAGAAGAAGGACCGCAGAGAUUAGAUUCUCAGAACAUCAAAACUGCAAAAUGAAUUGAACUCUCGUUAUGAUAUUACCAAGAUAAUGGGAAAGCGUGAUAACAGAAACUUUAGCAAAAACAGCGGAAGCAAUAGCAAGGAAAGGAAAACUCCUCAAGAAGGUCAAAUGAGUCAUCCAAUGAGCACUUAAAAUGUAGUUAAAUAUAUUGAAGAUCUAGGAAAAACUAGGAAAUUCAGUGAAGAAAAUGUUAUGAAAUCGGAUUAAAAUAUUAACUCUUUGACUUCUGAUCUAAACUUAAUUUCAUAAAUCGAUAAUAGACAUGGCAGUAAUAAUAGUAGCAGUAAUUAAACACCAAUUACACCAACUGAUCAUAGGUAAUUAAGAGAAAGAGGUAGAAGUGUAAUGAGCAAGCAUAGAAAAUAAAAGCUAAAUGAAAAUGGGAAUAACAUUUCAUUAAUUGUUGAAGGUCAAGAGUAAGAGGAUUCUGAGGAUCUUGAUCAUUACGAGUUAAAAGAUGCAGUUUUGAAAGAAAUCGAAAUGAGUCAGAGAAUGAUGAAAAAUAUGGUUUAGCAAGAUUAAUUACUUCAAGACUAAAUAGAUAAAAUCUAGUAAUCAAAUGUUACAAGCAGCUAAAACUCCCCAAACAAGCAGAGAUAAAAGAUGGAAUAGAAAGAAAAGAAACAGAUUAAGAGUUUUUUAAGAAACGCUUUUCAUGAUAGAUGA